AUGAUGAAAAAAAGAUCCAUCAAAGAGCUUUACAGUAUCAAUAAGGUCACAGAGGAGGUUUUUUGCACCAACGAGUAUGGAUUCGUGAUGGAUGCAUUCGGAAAUCAAGCUGAAGAUUGCAAUUCAAGCAUAAAAAGCGAAUGGUAUGCUCUUAUUACAGAGUUCAAUGGCGAUCGAGACAAGCUACGCAACAGCAAGCGGGCAAAGUAUCUGGUGUAUAGAGGAAUCCCUUUGUCCUUGAAGUACAAGCUGUGGAGUGUUCUGACAAAGAGAUGUGUGCAGGCUGACUAUGAAGACCUGAUUGCAAUGAAAAGCGGAUAUGAACAUCAGAUCCAUGUUGACGUGCAGAGAACAUUUAGAAGGCACUUUCUAUUCAACAAGGAGUACGGCAGGGGGCAAUGCGAACUCUUCAAUGUUCUUGCUGCAUACUCAAACUACAAUCCAGACGUUGGAUACUGCCAAGGAAUGUCAAGCGCAACAGCGCUUCUAUUGAUGUACUUUCCGGAGGAAGAAGCAUUCGAGAUGCUUGUUGGCAUCAUCAGCAGCAACUGCCUUGAGACGCUGUUUGACAAGAAGCUGAGCAAGGUUCCUAGCCUACAGAAAGCACAGAACCAGGUGUUUGAAAAGCUGAUUCCAGAAAUACACAGGCAUCUGCGCAUGCAAGGCGUUGAUAUGGGUGUUUACGCAAUUGGGUGGUAUCUGACACUGUUCACAAGAUUUGACAUCAAGCUUGUGCUAAGAAUGUGGGAUUUCUUUAUUUUCUUUGACUUUUCUGUGUUUGUGCUAUUCGCAGCAGCAAUACUGAGGUUCUUUUCAAAGCGGAUCCUGGGCCUUGAUGGAGAGCAACUGAUUGAAUUUAUUGGCGUGCUGGAUGCCGAACCUGUGGAAGUUGAUGAGAUAGUUUCGUAUGUUGUAGAGUCUCUUGAGAUGCAGGGCAUAAGCAUUGUUGAGAAUGUGCUUAGGUAG